UUUUUUUUUUUUUUUUUUUUUGCUUCUUCUUCUUCUUCUUCUAAUGACUUGUGGCCACCACAGACCCAUUUCCUGAACUUCUGGUGAACCGGUUUUAAAAGUUUCAAAUUUGUUUACUUGAUUGGUGUACAGUGCUAAAGGGUUUGAAGUCCAGCUUGCUAGUUGCAUAAUCAGAAGCUUGUGAUUUGAAUCCAUAUUUUUGGUGGCUUGGGGGUAAUUGUACUUGGGAAAUGAUGAUGAUGUUUGAAGACAUGGGGUUUUGUGGGGAUUUGGAUAUGUUUUCUGCUCCCUUAGGAGAAGGGGAUAUUACCGCCCGGCAAACUGAACCAGAGGCGAUAGUUGAGGAUGACUAUAGUGAUGAAGAAAUUGAUGUGGAUGAGCUCGAGCGGAGGAUGUGGAGGGACAAAAUGCGUCUCAAGCGAUUGAAGGAGCAAAGUAAAGGUAAGGAAGGAGUUGAUGCUGUGAAGCAGAGGCAGUCCCAAGAACAGGCCAGGAGGAAAAAGAUGUCAAGGGCUCAAGAUGGAAUCUUGAAGUACAUGCUGAAGAUGAUGGAGGUUUGCAAGGCUCAAGGCUUUGUCUAUGGCAUAAUUCCUGAGAAGGGGAAGCCUGUGACUGGUGCAUCUGACAAUCUUCGCGAAUGGUGGAAGGAUAAAGUCCGGUUUGAUCGCAACGGUCCCGCGGCCAUAGCCAAGUACCAAGCUGACAAUGCAAUUCCAGGGAAGAAUGAUGGAUGCAAUUCCAUUGGUCCUACCCCUCACACCUUGCAAGAGCUGCAGGACACAACCUUGGGUUCUCUUUUGUCUGCCCUCAUGCAGCACUGCGACCCCCCUCAGCGGCGGUUCCCGUUGGAGAAGGGCGUCCCUCCACCAUGGUGGCCUACAGGGAAUGAAGAGUGGUGGCCCCAAAUUGGUUUACCUAAGGAUCAAGGCCCUCCACCUUACAAGAAGCCUCAUGACCUUAAGAAGGCUUGGAAAGUUGGUGUUCUGACUGCUGUUAUCAAGCACAUGUCUCCUGAUAUUGCCAAAAUUCGCAAGCUUGUGAGGCAGUCCAAGUGCCUUCAGGAUAAAAUGACGGCCAAGGAGAGUGCCACCUGGCUUGCAAUCAUCAACCAAGAGGAGGCCUUGGCAAGAGAGCUUUACCCUGAUUACUGCCCCCCUUUGGCCUCCUCUGGAGGCAGUGGAUCUAUAGUCAUCAAUGACUGCAACGAGUAUGACGUUGAAGGCGGCGACGAUGAACCGAACUUUGAUGUGGAAGACCGGAAGCCUGAGAAUCUCCACACAUCCAAUCUUGGGAUGGAGAGAAUGAGGGGAAGACUGCCUGUUCAGCAGCCUUGUUUCCCAAUCAAGGGAGAGGCUGUUACUAAUUUGGAUUUCAUUCGAAAGAGGAAGAUCUCUGGCGAGUUUAACAUGACAAUGGAUCAGAAAAGUUACACAUGUGAACACCCUCACUGUCCUUAUAGUGAACUUCGCAAUGGUUUUGCUGACAGAAAUUCUAGGGACAAUCAUCAAAUGAGUUGUCCCUACAGAGGCACUUCUUCAGAUUAUGGGGUUCCAAAUUUUCAUGUUAAUGAGGUCAAGCCAGUCAUAUUCCCUCAGUCCUUUGUUCAACCCAAAUCUACUACUCAGGCUGUUAACUUGGUUCCACCACCUUCAUUUGAUCUAACCGGACUCGGAGUCCCAGAAGAUGGCCAGAAAAUGAUCAAUGAUCUCAUGACAAUCUAUGAAACAAACGUUCAAGGCAGCAACAACAACAAGUACUUGAGUUCCAGUAACCAUGUAGCUGCAGAAAAUCCAAACCUUCCUCAGCCAAAUAUUCAGCAGCAACAGGACAACUUCUUUCAUGGUCAAGGAAUCACUAUGGAGGGGAACUUGUACCAAAAUGCCAACAUGUCCAACAAUCAUCACAUGUUUGCUAGGGAGGAUGGUCAAUUUGACCGUUUCAAAGCUUUGAAUGCACCCUUUGAGAGCAAUCACAACAACAACAACUUCAAUCUGAUGUUUGGGUCCCCUUGUGAUUUGGCAUCCUUUGAUUUUAAGGAGGAUAUGCAAGGAGGAGGGAUGGAUGCUCUUCAGAAACAGACAGAUUUUUCUAUAUGGUACCAGUGAAAAUGACAGGUUGAACAUGGGAAAAAAAAUCCUUAAUCAUGUGAAGUUUCUUUGGCCAAAAGGGUUUCACUGCAAUUUUCUUCACAUGUAAUAAUGUAGGCUUAGAACUAAAUAUUAUAUGCUUGUUGGCAGGUCUAGUAUGGGUUUAUAUAAUAAAAACUUGCAUGUUAGUAUGUCGCCAAUAUGUAGCUCUGUGAUUGUGUGUUUUUAUGUGUUACUUACUAUUAUUCUAUGUAAGACUGUUACAUAAAUAAUAUUUGAAGUGUCUUCUAAUAUAUGGUGAGUGUGUGGUUCGGUUGUGGGUAAAAUUCUUGGAUAAAUGAAAGGUUUGUCCUUUAUUGCAUCA